AUGACCAUGGAGCAAGCAAUUUAUCUCGUCUUGGCUCUCCUCCUUCCUCUCCUGCUCCUCAAGCUCAACAGGAAGCGCGGCCACGGCGUUGGGCAACAGCUGCCGCCUGGCCCCUGGCGGCUGCCGGUGAUCGGCAGCCUGCACCACCUCGCCGGCAACCCACUGUUCCACCGCGCCUUCGCGGACAUCGCGCGCCGGCUGGGCGACGCGCCGCUAAUGUACGUCAAGCUCGGCGAGGUGCCGGUGGUGGUGGCCUCUUCUGCCGAGGCCGCGCGCGAGGUCAUGAAGACACAUGACGUCACGUUCGCGACGCGGCCGUGGAGCCCCACCACCAAGAUCAUCAUGUCCGAUGGGGUCGGGGUGGCGUUCGCACCCUACGGCGCUCACUGGCGCCAGCUCCGCAAGAUCUGCAUCAUGGAGCUGCUCAGCGCCCGCCGGGUGCAGUCGUUCCGCAACGUCUGGGAGGAGGAGGUGACGCACCUCGUCGCCGCCAUUUCAGCUAGUACCGGCGACCCCGUCAACAUCAGCGAGCGGCUCACCGUGCUCAUCGCAGACAUGACCCUGCGCGCCAUGAUCGGGGACAGGUUCAGCAAGCGGGAGGAGUUCUUGGAGGUGCUCCAACAGGGGGUCAAGAUCCUUUCGGGGUUUAACCUCGCCGACCUCUUCCCCUCCUCCUGGCUCAUCGGCUUCGUUAGCGGCUCCGCCCGACAGGCGUGGGAGAAUCACACCAAGGCCUUCGAGCUCAUCGACUGCGCAAUCAAGCAGCACCGGGAGGUGAAGGCCGCUGCCGCCGCGUCCAACGGCGACAGGAAGGAAGGGGAGCAGGAGGACCUAUUGGACGUGCUCCUCAGGAUACAGAAGGAAGGCGGCCACGACGUCCCUUUUACCAUGGGAGCCAUCAAGUGUCUAUUAGUGGACCUGUUUAGUGCGGGGAGCGAGACAUCAGCGACGACUCUCAUCUGGGCCAUGUCGGAGUUGAUGAGGAACCCAACCACCAUGGCAAAAGCGCAAGCCGAAGUACGUAACCACCUACAAGGGAAGCCAAGCGUAACCCAGGAUGACCUGGAUGAUCUCAAGUACAUGAGGCUGGUCAUCAAGGAGACGCUCAGGCUGCAUCCGUCGGUGCCCCUGCUGUUGCCGCGCGAGCCCACCGAGGCAUGCAAGGUCCUCGGCUACGACGUGCCGACGGGCACCACCGUGUUUGUGAACACGUGGGCGAUCUGUCGGGACCCCAAGCACUGGGAUGCCCCGGAAGAGUUCAGGCCAGAGCGGUUCGAGUCCGGCGAAGUGGACUUCAAGGGAACCAACUUUGAGUACACACCGUUCGGGGCAGGCAGGAGGAUAUGUCCGGGGAUGCUGUUUGCGCAGUCUAGCAUGGAGCUCGCUCUCGCCGCCCUCCUCUACCACUUUGACUGGGUGCUUCCUGCCGGAGCGGAGUUGGACAUGGAGGAGGAGAUGGGCAUCUCCGUUGGCCGGAAGAACGACCUGUACCUGCAUGCCAAAGUCCUCGUGCCGCUUAAUUAGUGCCUGCUUAAGAUGCCGCAUAGUGGAUUCGAUCCGCUAGUUGGCUAUAGAUCGAACAUUGCAGCUGCAUAUUGCAAUUAUGUACACAAAUUUCUUGUACAUUUUGUUACCAGUGUGUCAUGGUGAUAAUCAUAGUAAUGAUUGUAUUGUACAAUUUUCAUGAUUUAUUAAAAAUCAAUAUUUUUUUGUAUUGAUUAUCAAAUAUAUGGUUUGCCAUCACCAGUCUGAUUUUAUUUGUUUGAUAUUAUGAGCUCAAGCUAAAAUUUCCGAGAUCUGCUCCUUGUGUGAACUCCCUUCUGAUAUUGUCGGCCACGUUCGCCACCCUAGUGAGGGUACUGGCGGUUUCCCGUACCGUCAACCACCUGAUUGGAGAAUCUUCAAAAAAAAAAACAGUGGAAAUACCAUCUUCAAGAUAUAUGGGCACAAGCCAACAACCGACUAAGAAUGUGUAUUUAGUGUCAGCAAGACGUCUUCCAAGGACUCUUCAGCAUGGGAGCUUCUCCCAUGUUUGGCUAAGUCAACAAGCAGCAUGAGUGUAUCAAAUGUCACAAGCAAAACCAAGUCGGAUAAAUUUUGGCAGGCCUCUAGUGUAAAAACCUAGUGAUUUGGACUUUCGGAGAUCUAAUUUUUCAAUUGCAAUAACUCCAGUAGUUUGCAAACAGUUUUGAAAAGCCUUUUCCGUACCCAAUACAUAGAUACUCUCGACAUUCGCAAAGGAAUAGUAGAAUGACCUUAGAUUAAAAAUAUACCCUUGAAAAUAGAAAAAAAAACAAAAAGGGCAUUUAUGUAAUAUCAAACUCACUCUCUCUCUCUCUCUCUCUCUCAUGCAUUAUAGGAAAAUGGUAGUGUUAAGAUGGGCUUUUGGUAUUUUCAAGGGUAUA